AUGGCAUUUCACGAUAUAACGAGGCAGGAUACGAUGCCAACAACCGCAGCAGGCAUGCUUUCGCCUUCCCUGAACAGCUUGGACUCCUUUCAGAGCUUACGAGAAAGCAAUCGGAAUAGGAACCUUACGUCCUCCGAGACGCUCAAGCACUACGAGGACAUCAAAGCUUCUUCUUCCACUGGGCUGCGGAAGGGCACCUCACAAAAGCGACGUUUCUUUGACUCUUGCUCGCCGUUGCCGAGACUUGGUUCAUCCCAAGGUUGUGACUUUUUGCAACAGCGGCAGUCGGACGAACCUUAG